CUGUACUACCAAGGCGGCUGUGGUACUAUCAGAGGUCUACCAGAAAAAUUUUUAAUGGAGCGAAAUAUGGAAGCAAUAACAUCACGUUAACCUCAAGGAUGAAAUGGAAACAGAAAUGAAUGCCUGGGAAUUAUUGAGACAGCAUGUUUUGGACAGACUGUUGACCAGGGUCACACUUGUUCUUCAGCAAACAGACAUGGAUGAAGACUACCUGCGGUUUGUGUGUACACAGGAAAUGGUUUUCCUGGACAUCAUAUCCCACCAUAUUCCAGUGUCCCAGGAAAUAACUGACUGUUUGAGGGCAUUGGUCAAUGCCCUGAUGCUAAGGGAACAUCAGCACCACCCUGUAGCACCAGUGCAAUUUGAAAGCCGAAGUACAGCUGGUCGACCUAAAAUCUCCAUUUGUCCUGAUCAUUUGAAGCACCUUCUAGACAUUGGGUUACCAUUGAAUACCAUAGCUGGAUUGAUGGGGUUGUGUCGUGCUACAUUGUACAGAAGGAUGUCUGAGUACAACAUUUCUGUCAGAGAACUGUACAGCACUUGCACAGAUGCUGAGCUGGAUGAGCAUGUUUCUGCCAUAAAGGAGACAAUGCCACAUGCAGGAUACAGGCUGGUCAAGGAGACUCUGGCAGCACAAGGGUACCGAAUCCAAUGGAGUCGUGUUAAGGCUGCUCUGCAUCGUGUGGACAGUCUAGGGACACUAUGCAGAAUGACCCAAAUGGGGUGUGUUGUAAGGAGAACUUAUUCAGUUCCCUGCCCUAUGUACAGUGGUGCUUGAAAGUUU